GCAAAGUCUUCUUGUCCUGUCUUCAAUAUAUUGUGCCUUCUGCGAACUAACUUCAUUCCCAACAAAUUUCUCCCCCCCUUUUCCUUUUGUUGGAUAACUUUUUCCCAAAAUGCAUGUUGUUAUCAUUUAGUUAGUUAAAUUUGGUUUACACUUUAAUAGUUGCAAGGAAUGGGAAAAGAACAAGAGCCACCAAGCAUGGAACUCAAGCACAUGGUUGCUCUUGUCUCCCGCACCGGCCGCCAUAUGCAGCGCUACAACUUUCUCGGCCACCGCCAAGUUGUCGGAUGCAUUCCAUACAGAUACUGCGGGAAGAAGCCGCCGUGUGUGGUGGACGAGGAAGAGAUCGAAGUUCUCGUCAUCACUUCUCAGAGAAAGGAAAAAGGGAUGUUGUUUCCAAAGGGAGGUUGGGAGAUAGAUGAAUCGAUCGAGGCUGCAGCGCUGCGCGAGACAGUGGAGGAGGCAGGCGUGGUCGGAGAUGUUGAGUGUAAGUUGGGGAAGUGGAAUUUCAAGAGCAAAAGCAGUGAGACUUGUUAUGAGGGUCACAUGUUUCCGUUGCUCGUGAAAGAGCAGCUCGAAUUUUGGCCUGAGAAAGACGUUCGUCAAAGAUUAUGGGUUAGUGUGAGGGAAGCCAAGAAGGUUUGCCAGUACUGGUGGAUGAAGGAGGCGUUGGAGUUGCUAGUUAGUCGUCUUUCAGCGCAAGCGAAAGCAGACACGAAAUCUAACUUGUAGUAGCGAGCUAACUCUCGUUUCAUUGUCUUCGAAUCUUGUAUAGAAUCAAGCUCUAUGUCUAUCACCCCCUUUUUUCUAGAUGAUAUGCUUCGUGUUUGCUCUAUUUUAAUGAAACGAGAUUUGGUCGAACGACAUAAUUUCUUUACAGUCCGAUUCUAACCUAUGGUAUGUACAAUGAGUCUUCGAGAAGUUUUCUUCAUCGAAGCAAAUGUAAUUGAACUACAUCAUCAUUUAUCAUCAUUGUCCUUGUUGGUUGCAUUAGUAUCAUGACAAGGGCAGUGAUGAAAGCAAUGUCUAUGUUCGGGCGAACAAUCGCGAUGAACACGUCCUUAGCCAAUACAA